AUGGAAAACAUUGCUGGUCUUGCUACAGAGGAUGACCAACUGGAAUUGCCUCCAGGUUUUCGAUUCCAUCCGACUGACGAAGAGCUUAUAACUCAUUAUCUAUCCCUAAAGGUUCUUGACAAGAGCUUUUAUGCCAUAGCCAUUGGAGAGGUUGACUUGAAUAAGGUUGAGCCUUGGGAUUUACCCUGGAAGGCCAAAAUGGGUGAAAAAGAGUGGUAUUUCUUUUGUGUUAGAGAUAGAAAGUACCCAACUGGUUUGAGGACAAACAGGGCUACUGUUGCUGGCUAUUGGAAGGCCACAGGCAAAGAUAAGGAAAUUUUCAGAGGGAAAACACUGGUUGGGAUGAAGAAAACUUUGGUUUUCUACAAAGGCAGGGCUCCAAAAGGAGAAAAAACCAAUUGGGUCAUGCAUGAAUACAGAUUGGAGGGCAAGUUUUCCAUGAAAAACCUUCCCCAGACUGCUAAGAAUGAAUGGGUAAUUUCUCGGAUUUUUCGAAAAAGUUCAGGAGGAAAGAAGACUCAUAUUUCUGGGUUGGUCAGAAUGAGUGACUACAGUAAUGAACUAGAGCCUUCAAACUUACCUCCAUUGAAAGAUUUAUCACCCCAUAAUGGCCAGACAAGAACUGCAGUUGCAGAGACAUCUCACGUGUCCUGCUUCUCUAAUUCAAUGGUGGAUCAGAAACCCCAUGGAGAUAUAGCCUCUUCAUCUUCUUCAAAGCCUUCUGAUAUUUCAAAUACUCCAUUUCUUUUCUCAGAAAGAUCUGGUCUAAGCUCAUUCUUUACACCCCAAUUCGUGCCACACAUCGAAACUCUGCAAUUUCCAGAUUCCUUUUUGAUGCAUGACCAAUCCAUUCUGAGGGUUUUGAUGGAGAACAACGGAACAAAUUUGAAGCAAAAUUGCAAAUCAGAAUUCUCCAAUGACACUGACAUGAGUACCGAUAUCGGUUCGGGUUUGUCCAGACAUGAAAUGGCUCAGAGGCCUUAUGAGGGUGAAGAGUAUCCAAUUACUACUUCAGCUGGACCAGUGGACCUUGAUUGUCUCUGGAAUUAUUGA